AUGGAGUCGAAAACAUUUUCCGUGAAAAAAUAUUAUUGUCCACUACUAAGGAAAGAUUGGAAUUCGCAAAAUGAAUUAAUCAUACACGAAACUGCGACUAAACGCAGUCAGGAAAUAUGCGAUGAUGCUAAAGAAGAUAAGACUUCGGAUUCAACCCUUGAAAAAUCUAAAAAUUAUACAUAUAUACAUGGGCUGAAUCUGAUAUAUAAUGACGAUAAAUGA